AUGCCACAGCUGAGCUUGUCCUGGCUGGGCUUGGGGCCAGGGUCGGUCUCGGUCUCUCCGUGGCUGCUCCUGCUGCUAAUCUGCGCCUCCUGGCUCCUGGCCCGCGUUCUGACUCGGAUCUAUGUCUUCUACAACAUCUGCUGUCGCCUCCGGUGCUUCUCACAGCCUCCGAGACGGAACUGGUUCUUGGGUCACUUGGGUGUGGCACAGAGCAACGAGGAGGGCAUGCGACUGGUAUCGGAGCUGGCAUACCACUUCCGUGACAUCCACCUGUGGUGGUUAGGGCCCCUGUACCCCGUGCUGCGGCUCGUGCACCCCAACUACGUGGCUCCCUUGCUGCAGGCUCCAGCUGCAGCCACAUGUAAGAACAUGGACUUCUACGACUUCCUGAAGCCAUGGCUGGGGGACGGGCUUCUGCUGAGCUCCGGGGACAAGUGGAACCGCCACCGCCGCAUGCUGACGCCCGCUUUCCACUUCAACAUCCUGAAGCCCUACAUGAAGAUUUUCAGCAAGAGUGCAGACAUUAUGCAUGCCAAAUGGCAGCGCCUGGCCUCUGAGGGCAGCGCCCGACUGGACAUGUUUGAGCACAUCAGCCUCAUGACCCUGGACAGCCUACAGAAGUGCAUCUUCAGCUACGACAGCAACUGUCAGGAGAAACCCAGCGAGUAUAUAGCUGCCAUCUUGGAUCUCAGCGCUCUCACGGUAAAACGGAACCAGCAGAUUCUGCUCUUCAUGGACUUCCUGUACCACCUCACUCCCGAUGGGCGACGCUUCCUCAAGGCCUGUGACCUGGUGCACCGCUUCACAGACGCCGUCAUCCAAGAGCGACGCCGUGCUCUGGCCAGCCAGGGCUCAGACGCCUUCCUCAAGGCCAAGGCCAAGACCAAGACGUUGGACUUUAUCGAUGUGCUCCUGCUGAGCAAGGGGGAAGAUGGGAAGGAGUUGUCUGACGAGGACAUACGGGCAGAGGCGGAUACCUUCAUGUUUGGGGGCCACGACACCACAGCCAGCGGUCUGUCUUGGGUGCUGUACAACCUUGCGAGGCACCCGGAAUAUCAGGAACGCUGCCGGCGAGAGGUACAGGAGCUCUUGAGAGACCAGGAACUGAAGGACAUUGAAUGGGACGACCUGGCCCAGCUGCCCUACAUGACCAUGUGUAUCAAGGAGAGCCUGCGGCUGCACCCUCCGGUCACGGUCAUCUCCCGCCGCUGCACCCAGGACUUGGCACUCCCGGAUGGUCGCGUCAUCCCCAAAGGGAUCGUUUGCGCCAUCAGCAUCUUUGGGAUUCACCACAACCCCUCGGUGUGGCCGGACCCUGAGGUCUACGACCCUUCCCGCUUUGAUCCGGAAAAGGCCCCGCAGAGGUCACCUUUGGCAUUCAUUCCCUUCUCUGCGGGCCCCAGGAACUGCAUCGGGCAGGCGUUCGCCAUGGCCGAGAUGAAGGUGGUGCUGGCGCUCACGCUGCUGCGUUUCCGCGUCCUGCCAGACAGCGUGGAGCCCAGACGCAAGCCGGAGCUCAUCCUGCGCGCAGAGGGCGGCCUGUGGCUGCGGGUGGAGCCGCUGAACGCGCAGUGACCCCCGUGGGAUCACCCUGAGCCCACUGACCCACCUACCCUUUGUGCAUUCCUGGAAUAAACAGUGCGCCCACUG